AUGCCCUCUGGAAACACCACUUGCACCUGUACGACUGGCGGCCCCUGCGCCUGCGGACCCAACUGCGGCUGCGCCGGCGGCAAGCCGAAGAAGGGCUUCAUGGGCAAGAUGAAGAAGCUCUUCUCCACCGGCGACGCCAAGGUAGCAGCCGCAGGUGGAGCAGCCGGCGCCGCAGCGGGUGGAGUCACAACGGCAGUCUCGGGCGCCGGUGCCCCGACCACGGGCGCGACCGCCGCCCCGUCCGCGACGGGUCCUAUUACCUCGCAGGCUGCCGUGACGGCCGGCGACCAGCCCAAGGAAGGCAUGGACAAGUCAGGCGGUAUGCCCGGCGGCUUCCCGGGCGCAAACGACGGCGCUGCAACUCCCGGUGGACCGCACGCUUGUGCUGGCGGAUGCAGUUGCGCCGCUGGGCAAUGCACCUGCGAAAACUGCCCCAGCACCAACCUCAAGAAGGGAUGCUCGUGCGCGGCCGCUGGGGCUACGUGCACGUGUCCCGCUGAUGUCGAGUGCGUCCCGGGACAGUGUCCUUGUGCAACCUGCCCCAAGCCCGGCACCAGUGCUGCUGGUGCUGGUGGUGCCCCUGUCGCUGCUGGUGCUGCUGGUGCUGCUGGUGUCGCCGCCGUCGCUGGCGGUGCCGCUGUCGCUGCGCGCAGCGCGGGCGGUUGCAGCUGUGGACCUGAGUGCAAAUGUGGCCAGAACCCGUGCACUUGUGGCCAGAAGGACGCCGCUGCGGCAGGCGGUUGUGGUUGCGGACCCGAGUGCAAGUGUGGCCAGAACCCGUGCACUUGUGGCCAGACGGCCGCUGCGGUUCCUGCGGCGACUGGCGCAGCCAAGGUCACGACGACGCACGCCAUGACGACCGAGAACGGGUGCCAGUGCGGCUUUGGCUGCAACUGCGGCCCCGAGGCUUGCGGUUGCCCCGCGGCGCCAAAGGACGCCGUCGCUCUCCCCGGUGCUGGUGGCGCCGACCACGGAUGCAAGUGCGGAGCUGGGUGCCAGUGUGGGCCUGGCGCGUGCAAGUGCGGGCAGUAA